GGCCCCGCCUCUUUGUUCCAGAUAGUUUUCGGGUGGCCUGAACUGAACGCAUGUGCUGCCUGUAGUAGGGGCACAGCCGCUGGAGUUCACCCGGAUACGGCCGAAGCUGACCCUCCUCAUGGCCAAAGUACACGGCGGCACGUCGGGCUGUAGGGCCAUCGUAAUGGCAGGUCAGUUUUUGUCGAAGCCCUCUCCGCUCGCUCAGCAGCAGAACAGCGGACAGCAGAGGUUCGCGAAACUUCAGCGGCGCAUGAUGUCGGCUGGCACUGCCGGGCAGGGCAGCAAGACCCCGGUGUGGACUCAGCAGGAGGCGCCCAGCUCCGUUGCGCAAACAGACCGCAAGGCUUGGUCCAACCGCACGCUGAUAUACCGGGACGUUAAGGCUUUUCUCAAUGAAAUUGGCGGAGAUCCUCGGGAAGCUCGUUACUGGCUGACGCAAUUUCAGCGAGCUAACCGGUCGGUGGCGCCUGCUUUCGCCGUGGUGGAGAUUGACCCCUCAGUGUUCAAGAGUCGUGAGAUGGUGCAGGGACUGGCCUUCGGUCUGUCUUUCCUGCAGCGGAUGGAUAUGAAGUCGGUGGUGGUAAUGGGCCUUCCUUCUGAGCUGAUGCAGAAGGACAGUGGAGCAGAUGGGCCUAUUUCCUCUGACUGCAGGAAUCUGUUGGUGAAGGAUUGCCAAGCUCUCACUUUGGCCCUUCAGCACAACUCAGCCAGUGUCAUGCCUUUCUUUAGCGCAGAGGCGCUGCUACAACUUCAGGAGCCUCAGCAUGGUGGUAGUCCCUCUGUUAUGGUGAACACAGCCCUGUUGCAGUGGAGUCUGGACUGUGGAGCCAUUCCCCUGGUCUGUCCUGUGGGCCAUGAUACAGCCGGCUGCUCCAUACUACUGGACUCAGUCCAGGUCACAGCGGCCAUCUCACAAGCCAUACAGCCCCUCAAAGUCAUGUUCCUCAAUAGCGGGGGUGGCCUCCGUAACCAGAACAAAAAGGUCAUAGGGACAGUAUCGCUGCCAGCUGACCUGUCAACACUGUGGUCAGCUGAGUGGCUGUGUGCUCUGGAACGCAGACGAGUCAGUGCUAUUGCUCAACUCCUCAACCAGCUCCCACCUGAGAGCUCUGCUGUAGUCACUUCAGCCAACACAUUGCUGACAGAACUCUUCAGUCACAAGGGUUCUGGCACCUUGUUCAAAAAUGGAGAUCCCAUUCACAAGUACAAAAGUCUCAAGGGCAUAGAUGUGGAUCGUCUCCUGGCUCUCAUCAACAAAUCAUUUGGGAAGAAACUGAAGGAGGAUUACAUUACCUCUCUUAAGGGAAGACUACAUUCUAUCUAUCUGUCAGAAGGGUAUAGUGCGGCAGCCAUUAUCACCGCUGAGUCUGUGAGCAGUGGCACUCUGUAUUUGGAUAAGUUUGUGGUGAGUGGCAGUAAACAGGGCCAGGGCACCAGUCAGAUCCUGUGGGAAUGCAUCCGCCAGGACCUGGGCAAACUCUUCUGGAGAUCCUGCUCAACCAACCGCAUUAACCCUUGGUACUUCAAACACUGUGAUGGGAGUUUUGUGAAUGGCCGCUGGAUCGUCUUCUGGUUUGGUCUGUCAGAUAUCCGUGAGUCCUACGAGCUGGUGGAGUAUGCAAAGCGCAUGCCAGAUUCCUUCUGCCUGGGUGCAGAGACUGAGUCAAUCCCCCAGUAGCUCCCAUCAGGUUCCUGAACCUCACAGACUCUCAAGCUAUUACACUUAAGCAUUAAAACAUGCCAGAGUGCCCUUCACACUC